AGCGUUGCCGGCUCCAACGGCAGCCAGCGGCCAUGCUGCUGUCACCCCGAGUGGGCUCUGACACAGAGGGCGAGGGCGGCGAGGGCGACAGAAGGGUCACGCAGCCUUGGUUCUCUCGCAAUGUGGCAUUGCUACUAGGCUGCUGUUGCCUGAUGCUGGUAGCCCUCCUGUCACGAGGUCGCCAUGGACUCAGAAGUAGUCCACGGGAUCUCGUUGAGUUGGUGGAGGGAUGCUUUAUGCAGGGCAUGUACUACGCAGAUCCUCACAUGAUGCUGAGCACGGAUCGAAGUGAGUUCGCCAGUGCGGCAGACUGCCAGAGACACUGUGCCAGCGUCAAGGGCUGCAAACAUUUCACCUACUGGCCAGAUGGAGGAUGCCUGUUGACGGAUGAAAGUUCAUCUCUCAAGGCGGUGGCCUUCGAGUUUUCCGGCACCAUGGUGGGCCCCCCCAGCUGCCAUCGCGAGGGUAUUGUGAAAGCCCUACCGGCACUGCACUUGGCAAACCCCAAGGCAGUGGUUCCUGGCAUCAACGGUACAGAGUGCUCCAACUAUCCAGCCUGCAAAGCUGCGGGCAUUACAGAGGGGCAUUGCUGUCCCAAUGAAAAGCAAAUUGCCCUGGGCUGCUGCGACGGCUUCCCCUUGUCGCAGCUCUUUUCCGCCUGAGCGUGGCUGAAAAAUCCUGCGCGCCGAGGAUGAAAUCUCGGGUGUCGGACAGCGCGCCGGGACCCAAUGGAUGAACCAAAAGUCAAGCCAUCCAUGGAUAUCCAUGGUAUGUUGGCGGGAAAUACAUGGCAAUACCAUACAUGGAUGACUUUGGUAUGCCGAAUGAAAUUCAUGAAGGUGUCC